UCGGUUCGAAUCGCUUGAAAUGUAUCCAUUCCACUGGUGUAAUUGUUAAUUUUACUUUUUGAAAACAAAAUUUUUUAUUUACAACCGAGUGAUAAUGUUUUUGUCUGAGGUGGUGGAGGAACUACCGACUCCAUUACAGUCAGCAAGUGAUAAAAAAUCGUACAAAUUGAUUCGACUAGAGAAUGGAUUGAAAGUUUUGAUGGUCAAGGAGCCAAAUGAAACUGGAUUGGCUGCCGUUGCCCUAACGGUUGAUAUCGGAAGCUUUAAAGAUCCACCGGAAGUUCAAGGUUUGGCACACUAUUUGGAGCAUCUUGUGUUUAUGGGUUCGCAAAAGCAUGCCAAAGAAAACGAUUUUGAUCAAUUUAUUAAGAUGCGAUGUGGAUUCGAUAACGCUGUAACGGAGGUGGAAUUUACAAAUUUCUAUUUUUCCAUCGUUGAACAUCACUUAAGCGGUGCAUUGGACAGAUUCUCGCAAUUUUUCAUAUCUCCAUUAAUGACAACGGAUAGCAUGGAGCGGGAAAUGGAAGCCGUUGACUCGGAAUUUCAAAACAACAUUAAUGAGGAUGUCUACCGGAUAAAUCAGAUUUACGCGUCGAUGGUACGGGAACAACAUCCUGCGUCGAAUUUUACAUGGGGAAAUUUGAAAACCCUGAAAACGGGAAUUGAACGGGAGAAACUUUACAGAAUUGUUCACGAAUUCCGUCGCAAGUUCUACAGAUCGAAUCUGAUGAACAUUUGCAUUCAGUCGAGUAUUGAGCACGAUGUUUUACAACGUAUGAUCGUGGAGUAUUUUGCAGACAUUAAACCGGAAUACGGAACGAUAAUAAAACCGAUGUCCGUUGAUGCGUUUGCUGACGUCUUCAAGCCAGAAUUUUACAAGAAAAUGUACUUUGUAAAAUCGACGGCUCAAAAACGAAAACUCUUCCUCACAUUUCUACUGCCUUCACUCGAGAAAAAUUAUCUUGAUCGAUCGGUGGAGUAUUUAGCAUACCUCGUUGAUUACGAAGGUCGAAACAGUUUGAUUUCAUAUCUGAAACGACAAGGACUCGCUGUAAAUCUGUCUGCAAAAAUUGGUAACCGGAGCUUCGAGGGCAAUUCAAUGUUUACAUUUUUCACUAUCGAAGUUGGUUUAUCGAAGGACGGACAGGAAAAUGUGGCAACUAUUUUGAAAGCAAUUUUCUCCUAUCUCUAUCUGAUUAAAAUGACCAGUCUGGCGAAGCACAAAGAGAUUUUCGACGAAUUCAAGCAAAUCAAAAUCAAUAAUUUCAAUUAUUCCAAGGAGCAAUCUUCCACCGAAAAUGUCCAGAUUUUAGCUACAAACAUGAAAUAUUUCGCCGACCGAGACGUUGUCGUUGGUCACAAAUUAUGUCCGGAUUUUAAUGAGACAGUGGUCAGUUAUAUGAUCGAUCGCAUUAACGAUGGUAGAUUCAAUUUGCUGAUUCUAUCGGACAGCUACAAGGAAUUCAACAAAAUUGAACCGUGGUUCCAAACUGAAUAUGCAGAAGUUACUCUCCCAGUAAAAUACACCCACUUAUGGAACGAAAGAUGGCUGAACACUGAGCUGUUACUCCCCUCAGCGAAUAAAUUUAUUUGCAGAGUUUUCGAAAUUUAUCCUGAGCCAACUGACAGUGCUCUCGACGUUCCGAUAUUAAUUACGAAAACAGAGCACUGUAAAUGCUUCCAUAAACUCGAUCGGAAAUAUCAACUUCCGCACGGCAUCAUCAACAUUAAGUUCAUAUCGUCGUUGACGAAACAAUCUGUGACGAAUAUCAACAUGACGACCAUUUUCUCCAUGUGUGUCAAAAAUUUCCUCCUGGAAUAUCUUUAUCCGGCCAGAGUAGUUGGUUACCGUUACAAGAUUACAUCGAUUGAUUCGGGUUUGAUUCUGCUGCUUAGUGGAUUCAACGAGAAAUUACCAACGUUGUUAAACGAAAUCAUGGAAUGUAUGCUAAGUGUGGGUGAGACGACAACGAAAUUCAUGUUUGAAUCGUGCCGAAAGAAUCUGAGGAAACAGUACUACAACAUCUUAAUGAAUACCCAUCUGCUUAAUGAGGACUGUCGACAGCAUAUCGUCAAACCGAAUCACAAAUUUUAUUACGAUCGCUUCCGCAAUAUCGAUAAGCUUACCGUUGAAGGUUUCAAAGCGUUCGUAAAAGGGUUUCUGGUCUCCUUGCAGCCUAGAAUGCUAAUUCAGGGAAAUAUCAACAGAGAACAAGCACUAUUCAUCGCAGACAGCAUUUGCAGAACAUUCCGAUGCCUUGAUAGUAAAGACUGUAAAAAUAACCAACCACCACAAGCCAGCGAUGUAUCGAUUGGCACAACUUAUUUUAAAGUGAUGUCAAUGCUUCCGAACGACGCGAACUCAGUGAUAAAGAAUUAUUAUCAAAUCGGUGACGCGUCUCUGGUGUUGGAAACUAAAUUGGACAUUUUACAGAAAUUUAUCCGCGAACCUUUGUUCAAUACGCUUCGAACACAGGAGCAGCUAGGCUAUUCGGUUUCCUGUAGCGUGAAAAGGGACUAUAAAAUGCUUGGCUUCGUCAUUACCAUUGAAUCGCAGGAAAUGAAAAAUCCAGCAUGGUUGGUCGACGAGAAGAUUGACUUUUUCUUGCAAAAUUUCAUCAAAACUCUUCAAGCGAUGAGCGAUGAAGAUUUCGAGACCACUAAAAAUUCCAUUAUUGCAUUGAAACAGUCGGACGACAACGAUUUGAUGAGCGAGGUCGAUCGGAAUUGGAAGGAAGUGAUGAGAGGUAGAAAUAAGUUCGAGCGAAGUAAAUUGGAAACUCGGAAAAUGGAAUUGGUUAGCAAAAUGGAUGUGAUAGAGUUCUAUGCAGAGCAUUUCGUUCGGUCGGAAAGUGUGAGGAAAUUAUCCGUGCAAGUGUUAUCGAAUGCUGGUAGCGAUAAGGAACAGGAUUUCUUACACUUGAGAAUACUGUAAGUGUGGUAAAUCGAAAAAUGUUUGAAAUACAAAAGAAUAUGGUUUUGAUAUCG